AGGCCGCAUCUCGGCAACGUUGCUCACGUGACCCGCGGGGGGCGUUCCUUGCGCGCGGUUGUCAAACGGAUCGCGCGGUAGCGCGGGAAAUCCGACGAUCACACGGGGAGGGGGCGCGGUGAUGACGGCCAAUAGGACACGGCACUAGGCCGCCGGUGAGAAGCUGCAAUGAACGUGGUACGGUUGGUGUGUCGCCACAAGACGGCGCUGGGCCUGGCCGCCCUGUUCAUUUUCGCCGUAGUGCUUCUCUACCUGGCCAAAUGCACCUCGGAGAGCCUAAAACCCGUGGGGCCCCGGGGGCUCCCUCACCAGCAGCCACCGCAGUCCCGUCACUCGCAGCAGCAGCCUCACCCCGUGGGGCCGCUAGAGAAGAGCGUCUCGGCCUUCCUGGCGGUGCUGAUCGUCAGCGGGCACAAGAACGCGGAGCGGCGGAGCAUCAUCCGCAGCACGUGGCUGUCCGCGGCGCCCCGGGCCGGGGAGCUCUGGUGCCGCUUCGUGCUGGGGACCGCGGGGCUGAGCGAGGAGGAGGCCGCCUCGCUGGAGAUGGAGCAGCAGAGACACGGGGACCUGCUACUGCUGCCUGAGCUCCGGGACUCCUAUGAGAACCUGACGGCCAAGCUGCUGCACAUGUACGUGUGGCUGGACCGCCACGUCCACUACAAGUUCGUGCUGAAGGCCGACGACGACACGUUCGCCCGGCUGGACCUGCUGCUGGACGAGCUGAGGCCCAAGGAGCCCCGCAGGCUGUACUGGGGCUUCUUCUCGGGCCGCGGGAGGGUCAAGUCGGCCGGGAAGUGGAAGGAGAGCGCCUGGGUGCUGUGCGACUACUACCUGCCCUACGCCCUGGGCGGGGGGUACGUGCUCUCCUGGGACCUGGUCAGGUACCUGAGCCUCAGCAAGGACUUCCUGGCCCACUGGCAGAGCGAGGACGUGUCCCUGGGGGUCUGGCUGGCGCCCCUCGAGGUUAACCGGGUGCACGACCCGCGCUUCGACACGGAGUACAAGUCUCGGGGCUGCAGCAACAAGUACCUGGUGACCCACAAGCAGAGCAUCGAGGACAUGCUGGAGAAGCACCAGACCCUGGCCAAGGAGGGCAAGCUGUGCAAGGAGGAGGUGAAGCUCAGGCUGUCCUACGUGUAUGACUGGGGGGUGCCCCCAUCCCAGUGCUGCCAGAGGAAGGAUGGCAUCCCCUGAGCCCCCCAUGGUGCCCACAUCUAUCCGUGUGCCAGAGGAUGCCCCCCAGGGGGCAGGAGGCUCUGGUUCUUGGGUUUGUUGGCACUUUGGACUCUGGACUCC